AUGGAUAGGUUUAAAAUGAUCUUCCAAUACUUCCAAUCCAAUUCCGAAUCAGUUAUGAAUGGAAUUUGCGCCAUAUUAGCAGUGGCCAGUGUAAAGAUCUAUAAUACUUUGGAUUUUAACUGCCCAUGUUUACCAAAUUAUAACAUGAUAUAUGGCUUGGGAAUAAUGUUUGUUCCCCCGAUCGCACUCUUUCUUUGUGGACUCAUUGUCAACCGGCAGUCAGUAAUAAUGAUAGACGAGUGGAAAAGACCGACUGGCAGAAGAAAAAAAGACCUGUCCAUAGUAAAGUACAUGUUUUCCUCUAUCCUCCAGCGAGCUAUGGUUGCUCCAGUUGUUUGGAUCCUUACAACACUUCUAGAUGGAAAGUGCUUUGUGUGUGCAUUUAGUGGUUCAGUGGAUCCAGAUAAAUUCCCUGGCUUUGCAAACAGUUCUUCUCUGGAAUUGCUUCAACUGCUCUAUAAAGUGCCUUGCAAGGAAGAUGUGCUGAUACGGAACAACACUUCUCGAAAGGCUGUUUCCAGAUACUUGAAAUGUUGGUCACAGGCUAUUGGAUGGGGAAUUCUACUACUUCUCAUUGUGCUAGCCUUUCUAGCCCGUUCACUAAAGCCAUGCUUUGAUCAGACGGCUUUCUUACAAACACGCUACUGGAGCAACUAUAUUGACAUUGAGCAGAAGAUUUUUGAUGAGACUUGCUGUGAGCAUGCAAGAGACUUUGCUCACAAAUGUAUCCUUCAUUUCUUUGAGAGCAUGCACAAAGAAAUGAAGAUAGGGCAUUUUACCAUCACGAAAAAAGAAGAUGAGGAAAAAGACCAUUUGCAUGGAAUUACAGACCACGAACAGGUUAACAACCUUUUAAAAUCGUGGUACCGUAGUAAGCCACCACUUUGUGUCAAUCACCCUACUCUACGGCAAAAUGCCAAAGCAAAAAAUAAUGGCUCCAGUUUGGAAGAUAAUAUCAACAGGCAAACUGAUGUUUAA